AUGCUGCUUUUCCGGGGCCCAGGGAUCCUCUGCGGAUUCAGACCCACCCUCUAUGCUUUACCUUCUGCGAAUCGAUACUUGGCGACCAAAGCCUACGACCCUCUCCGCAUACUCUUCUGCGGCUCCGAUGAAUUCAGUAUUGCUUCCUUGAAAGCGCUCCAUGCAGAACAUCUCUCUCGACCGGACCGGAUCGCGUCCAUUGAUGUCGUUUGUAGACCCGGUAAAAGGGUCGGGCGAGGAUUGAAGAAGAUACAGGAAGUCCCUAUCAAAGCAGCCGCAACAGACUUAUCGCUUCCUAUCCAUGAAAUUGACACUUUCCGGGGCUGGACGCCUCCUGUCCUGCCGGAAGGGCCCAUCAAUUUGAUCGUCGCUGUCUCGUUCGGGCUAUUUGUGCCUCCCCGAAUUAUCAAUGGUGCUAAAUAUGGGGGUCUCAAUGUGCACCCCUCUUUACUCCCCGACUUCCGCGGUCCCGCACCGCUACACCACACACUCCUGAACAAUAAAACCAGAACUGGCGUCACAUUGCAAACUCUACAUCUGAAGCACUUCGACCACGGUACUAUUCUAGCGCAGACGCCGCUCCCAGGAUUUGACAUACCGAACCCAGAUUCCUGCACGGUCCAGGAACUGCUAGAUGUAGUUGCCCCCAAGGGCGCGGAAAUUCUCGUUGAAGGCAUCCAAAAGGGACUUUUCGUCCCCCCUUUGCAAGAUGUAGGCUGGCGCCCGUCAGCGGACGAUGGUACUUUGAUUCAUGCUGCAAAGAUCAUGCCAGAAGACCGACAUAUCGACUGGACCAAGUGGACCUUGCAUGAUAUCCAGAGAAGACAUCAUGUGCUGGGUCCGCUUUGGAGCAAAUCCCUAGUUGCCAGCGGCACAUAUGGUGGGAAGCCCAACUUCCAACAUCUUCGCGUCAUAUUCUCUGAGUUUGAAGAAGUAGCUUUACUAAAAGGCUGCGAUCAAUUCUCGGUCGUACCCGGCCUACCGUUCAUAGACGGCGCCCUUCCAAUCAAAUUGGAUGAAGGAAACGGCGUUUAUGUGUUCACUCGGGACCACAAGCUCGUCAGGAUUAAUCAAAUGAAGGUCGAAGGUGGGUUGACUACAGACGCUCUCCGAGCCGCUCGCAAGGCUCGUAUGAUUGGCGAACGAACGUUCUACUCGGGCGACAUCGGAUAUACACCAUUCUACAAUCCUCUACAUUGA